AUGGCCAACUCGACUCUGACCACUUUGGACUUGAACGACAACUCGAUCGGGGACAACGGAGCUGUUGCGCUGUCUGAGGCACUCAAGACCAACUCGACUCUGACCACUUUGUACUUGGGGGCCAACUCAAUCGGGGCCAACGGAGCUGUGGCGCUCUCUGAGGCACUCAAGACCAACUCGACUCUGACCACUUUGGACUUGUGGGACAACUCGAUCGAGGACAACGGAGCUGUUGCGCUGUCUGAGGCACUCAAGACCAACUCGACUCUGACCACUUUGUACUUGGGUUGCGACUCGAUCGGGGACAACGGAGCUGUGGCGCUGUCUGAGGCACUCAAGACCAACUCCACUCUGACCACUUUGAACUUGAACGACAACUCGAUCGGGGAUAACGAAGCUGUUGCGCUGUCUGAGGUACUCAAGACCAACUCGACUCUGACCACUUUGGACUUGGGGGCCAACUCGAUCGGGGCCAACGGAGCUCAGGCGUUGUCUGAGGCACUCAAGACCAACUCCACUCUGACCACUUUGAACUUGAACGACAACUCGAUCGGGGACAACGGAGCUGUUGUGCUGUCUGAGGCACUCAGGACCAACUCCACUCUGACCUCUUUAGACUUGGGAGACAACUCGAUCGGAGACAAUGGAGCUGUUGCGCUGUCUGAGGCACUCAAGACCAACUCGACUCUAACCACUUUGGACUUGAACGACAACUCGAUCGGGGACAACGGAGCUCAGGCGCUGUCUGAGGUACUCAAGACCAACUCGACUCUCACCACUUUGAACUUGAGGCACAACUCGAUCGGAGACAAUGGAGCUCAGGCGCUGUCUGAGGUACUCAAGACCAACUCGACUCUGACCACUUUGGACUUGGAGGGCAACUCGAUCGGGGACAACGGAACUGUGGCGCUGUCUGAGGCACUCAAGACCAACUCAACUCUAACCACUUUGAAGUUGGAGGCCAACUCGAUCGGGGCCAACGGAGCUGUGGCGUUCUCUGAGGCACUCAAGACCAACUCGACUCUGACCACUUUGAACUUGAACGACAACUCGAUCAGAGACAACGGAGCUGUUGCGCUGUCUGAGGCACUCAAGACCAACUCGACUCUCACCACUUUGAAUUUGAGGGGCAACUCGAUCUGGUUCAAAGGGUUGCAGGCGAUGUUUGAGGCUCUCAAGUCCAACUCGACUCUGACCACUUUGGACUUGCUGAACGACUCGAUCGGGAACGAUGGAGCUAAGGCGAUGUUUGAGGCUCUCAAGUCCAACUCGACUCUGACCACUUUGGACUUGCUGGACGACCCGAUCGGGGCCAACGGAGCUGUGGCGCUGUCUGAGGCACUCAGGACCAACUCCACUCUGACCACUUUGAAGUUGGAGGGCAACUCGGUUGGGGACAACGGAGCCGUUGCGCUGUCUGAGGCACUCAAGACCAACUCCACUCUGACCUCUUUAGACUUGGGAGACAACUCGAUCGGAGACAAUGGAGCUGUUGCGCUGUCUGAGGCACUCAAGACCAACUCGACUCUGACCACUUUGGACUUGUGGGACAACUCGAUCGGGGACAACGGAGCUGUGGCGCUGUCUGAGGCACUCAAGACCAACUCGACUCUGAACACUUUGGACUUGGAGGGCAACUCGAUCGGGGCCAACGGAGCUGUUGCGCUGUCUGAGGCACUCAAGACCAACUCGACCCUGACCACUUUGUACUUGGGGGCCAACUCGAUCGGGGCCAACGGAGCUGUUGCGCUGUCUGAGGCACUCAAGACCAACUCGACUCUGACCACUUUGGAUUUGGAGGGCAACUCGAUCGGGGACAACGGAGCUGUUGCGCUGACUGAGGCACUCAAGACCAACUCGACUCUAACCACUUUGAAGUUGGAGGGCAACUCGAUCGGGGACAACGGAGCUCAGGCGCUGUCUAAGGCAUGCAACACCAACUCGAUUGUGACCAUUAUUGGCGUACGAGGUUUAUAG